UCUAUGUGGACUGAUGAAAUGUAGGAAAUCUGUUUCUGGCGGGGAAAAAAAAAAGGUUUCCCAAAGAGAGCACCAAGUACAGAGAGAUCAGAAGUAUGAAGAGUGGCAGUGGUGCUGUUGCUGCUGCUGCACUGCUGAGGCGAGGAGACCAGGACCGGCUGCGAGAGGCGAAGAGCGGCGGGGCAUUUGCACAGAGAAAGUAGCACCAGUGGUGAAAGGAUGUGCACUGCUCUGAGCCCAAAGGCCCGAGGCCCCGGCCUUUCCGACAUGCACCAGUAUAGUCAGUGGCUGGCCAGCAGGCAUGAGGCUAAUUUGUUACCAAUGAAGGAGGAUUUGGCACUCUGGCUGACAAACUUGCUAGGAAAAGAAAUAACAGCUGAAACCUUCAUGGAGAAACUGGAUAACGGUGCUCUGCUCUGUCGGCUAGCAGAGACAUUACAGGAGAAAUUUAAAGAAAAUUGCAUUGAGGUCAACAAGUUUGGGAAGAUAAUGCCAGUGAGGAAAAUUCCAUGCAAAGCCAAUGCACCAUCUGGAUCUUUUUUCGCUCGGGACAAUACAGCAAAUUUCUUAUCCUGGUGCAGAGAUGUGGGAGUGGAUGAUACGUGUCUAUUUGAAUCCGAGGGUUUGGUCCUCCACAAGCAGCCCAGAGAAGUGUGCCUUUGUUUGCUUGAACUUGGAAGGAUUGCUGCCAGGUUUGGCGUGGAGCCUCCUGGAUUAAUAAAGCUGGAGAAAGAGAUUGAACAAGAAGAAACACUUUCGGCCCCUCUUCCAUCCCCUUCACCUUCUCCAUCAAAGUCGCCUGUCAAAAAGAGCACAGGAAAACUCCUGGAUGAUGCGGUCAAACAUAUUUCUGAAGAUCCUCCAUGUAAAUGCCCUAGUAAAUUUUGUGUGGAGCGUCUUUCACAAGGAAGAUACAGAGUUGGAGAGAAGAUCCUUUUCAUCAGGAUGCUCCACAACAAACAUGUGAUGGUUCGUGUAGGAGGAGGAUGGGAGACAUUUGCAGGGUACUUGCUGAAACAUGAUCCAUGCCGAAUGCUGCAGAUCUCUCGAGUGGAUGGGAAAACAUCCCCAAUCCAGAACAAGUCUCCGACCAUCAAGGACAUGAAUCCAGACAGCUACUUGGUUGUUUCUGCCCAUUACAAAACCAAAAAGGAGAUUAAGUGAAAUUGCCUUCUCAUUUCAUUGGGGACUCUGUAUAUGUAGGCCCACGCUAUCUUCUCAAGUGUAGUCAAAUUAGUUGGCGCUUUUAAAGGACUUCUGAAAAUUACACGCAGACUGGAAAUGACAACCCAUUUUGUGGAUUGUUGAACUGUAGAACUAUUUAUUUCUAGUACUGUACCUUUUUAUAGCAAGUUACUCUUGAUAGGU